UCAUCUUAUCUUUGAUUUGCUCAAUUCGACAUUGUUGGGUGUUGAGUGUAUUUCUGUAAAUUUUUGUUUUGUAUUCAAUUGUGUUGUUGAUAGUUGAUGCGAGUUGGGAAACAUCUCCAUUGUGGGAAAGGAGAAACUAAAUUGGAGGAAUCGUAUUUAACCAAAGACCUAGCCUAUCAAUUGUAGUUUUUACAGAUAAAACAUUCAUAUCUGAAAAUAACUUCGGCCAUGGAUGAUGAAGACGUGGGACAGAUGCUGGAAGGGAUUGAGAAGAUCGCUCAAUGCCCAGUCUGCUUGGACAUUGCCAAGGGUCCAGUGGCGCAAUGCAGCAAUGGUCAUAUCACCUGUGGGAAAUGCAGGGAACCUCUGGAAGAAUGUUCUAUCUGCCGAGGACCAUUUAUUGCUACCAUCAGUAGGAUUCUCGAAGAGCUUUUGACCUUUUUGCCUAAAAACUGUCCAUACACAGACAAAGGGUGUGGUGCUGUUAGUCUCCUUGAUAAUCACAGCCAGUACUGCGAGUUCAGACCAAUCAAGUGUUUGGUGGGAGAGGACAAGACGUGCCAAUGGACUGGCACUAUCAAUGAUUGGAGAGAACAUGUAAAAGGCGAACACGAGAAUUACGUCUUAGAGCCCAGAGGAUUCAACCAGCCUGUCACUCUACUGUUCAAUGACAUCAAAGCUAAUUGGAAAGCGUGCUGCUACUACCAGGAAGUAGAAGGAGAGCUGUUUUUAUACUACGUGUGGAAGGAUGGGAACAAAUUCUGCCACACUCUGAAACACGUUCAGUGCAAGAAAGCCAAACAAGAGUUUUACUACAAAGUCAAGUUUUUCAGUCAGGAACAACUAUUUUACAAAAGCUUGAUACCAUCGACAACAUUCAAGGAAGACAUACCCUUGGAAGUAAACCCUGUUGUUUUCCUUAUGGCGGAUUUGAACCCCAUAAUCAAAGCAGACGGAACAAUCAGUGUGGACGUUGAGGCGGUACAGUUAGAUUUGCCCAAGAAAGAAUAAGAUUUAUGACAAGGUACGAAAUGAUCUUUAUGAACACUUAACCCUGAUCCAGAUGUCUCAUGUUAUAAUAAUCAGCUAAGUUAUUGCUGAUAUCAAGCAAGCUGCAAGGGUGAGCAGUGUGUUACACUUAUGUGUGUUUUAUACUCAUUUUAAAUAGAUUCACAUGAUAUGAAAUAUUACUAAGUUAUAAGUUGACAUGCUAAUAAAAAUUAGUUUUUGUGUAAAUGUGAAAUGGCACAUUGUUAGUAUUAACUUGUAGCUUAAGGACCUAGAACUGAUACUCUUGAAAGUGUGUUUUAAACAUAGUAGUUUUCUUUUAGAGAAAGGUAACUUAAAUUUAAUUUUCAUAUUUAAGUAUGUUUUUAUUUUUUAAUUUUCAUUGGCAGGUAAUAAUUAAGCAAUUUAUGAAACUUUAAUACAGCUCAAAGUGUUUUUAGAAAGUACUCGCUAGUUUUAGUGCCAGGUGUAAUGUUUUAAAUAAGUAUUCUCUAGUUUUCAAAUAAAUUUUUAUUGGACUACUAGUGAGUGUGUGGCUAAAACAUUUCCAUUGACUGUACGUUCAAUUUGAAAAUGUUUUACAUGUGGUUAGUUCCUAAGUCUUGGCGUUAACAAAAAGGAGAACAUUUAUUAUUUUGAAGAGCAAAGAUUUUUAAGUUUUUUUCUUGACUGUAUUGACAUUAGGUUUUUAGAAACUUGUACUUUCAAUGUAGUUAUUAUAUGUUUACCUAAUAUAACAAAAAUAUUGUAAACUCAAUAUGCUCUAGUAAAAUAAGGGACAAUUAACGUGUAUCAGUGUUUCAGCAAAUUUAUAGUAGGCUACCUAAUAAAUAUUUAA